AUGUCUCACGCUCCUCCACCAAACUAUAAGGAAUCCUUGCCUUCACCAAGUGAGUUCGUGAACAUCGAAUUGCGUCCAAUUGGGGCCGCAAACGAGGCGGUAAGAACAGAGCCCGACUUUGAGUUUUACAAGCCAAGUAAGAGAACUGCAAGACGAUGCUAUCUCAUACCCAUCUUGAUCUUGAUCGUUAUCAUCGCCAUUCUUGGAGGGAUGAUCGCCUUCUUGGUAACUAAUCCAGGUGUCAUAGGAAAACAAUGCCCAAUUCAGGCCAAUGUCACCCAGUACUCCACACCAAAUUACACUCGCAUCAUCACUCGAACACAGAUCUUUAACACAACGACUUCUAUCACGCAAUCAAUCACGAAGACUCGUCCUGCAGCUCAAGCUACAAGUACGCACAGUGGUGUUGAUCCCGUGGCAAUCGCAACUUGUCUCGGUGUUUUGGAAAAUGCUUGCGCAAUGGACCAUCCACCGACAACCUUCGGGCAAUGCGAUCCGUUGUUUGUGUUUUUCUACUGCGACUUGACGGACAAGAUGGUGUUUCGAGGUGCAAUGGAGCUUGAUGCUGAUGGCUCGAGUCCUGUCUGCCAACCAAUGAAGGAGUUUUGUUCUAGGGCCAUCCCGUUGAACAAAAUCCCCCUAGCUGAUGUCAGUCCGUGA